AAAAGAGCUGCUCGUAUUCUGCCUCGGUUGCAAGCAUCUACCAAAUUUCUGAGGGGAAGUGUUGGAUACAAGUUAUGUCAUCAUAAUGAGAUACAUGCCUUGAUGAAAAAAUUUUGCACACCAGCAAUUUUUGUGACUGUCAAUCCUCAUGAUCUUACCAGUAGUGUAAUUCCCAUGCUUGCAGGUAUUGAAUUAGAAGAAUGGAUGGUGAUGAGUUCAUUUGAACAGGCCAAAUUAGUGGCUGCAAGGCCAGAUGCUGCUGCUGUUGCAUUCGAUUUACAAAUCCAAGCAUUUGUU